AUGGCGACGCACGCCGGGGCUCGACGACCGCCGCCAUUGGAGCUCGAGGCGUGCGUUCCACGUGAUUUUCUCGCCGGAUCUGGGGGUGGCGCUGGGUCAGGCUGUCUCGAUUCUGCGUCUUCAAAUAGCGAAACUGUACCUUACGCCGAAAAUGACGCCUUCCUUCCGCAUGCAUCGUUCGUUCCCCGUGGAGCAGAGUCGGGAUCUGCCUCCGUAUCACACUCGCAGGUCGCAGCUCGGUCUCCGUCCUCGCCGUCCUCCCGCCGCAGAAACGCGUCCGCGGGCUCGGGUGGAAGGAGGACAGAGUUUGCUUCGCUUUUUGGCAGUUUGUAUUCGCGAUUCUCGAUGAAGCGUAUCUGGCUGUGGGCAUUCGAGUUGUAUUCUUUUGUGUAUACGCGCUACGUGCUCCCCGUUCGCUUGUAUGCGGCAAACCGGCAGGCGCUUCUGCUUUACGUGUUUUUGUUUUUCGGCCGCGUCGUGGAGUUCAUUUUCCACUUCACUGCCUGCGUGGUCCCCGCUUUUUUCUACGUCUUCUUCGCCAUGUUCCUAAACUUGAUCACCGUGGCGCCGCAGACGUCGGCCGCUUCCCAUUCGCCGUCGCCCCGCGCUGCGUCCUCUGCCUUGGGGCUCUCUGGCGCCGAAUCGGGCGGGCUCGAAGGGCCUGCAGAGACCGGGGCGAAGGGGGCAGCUGGCGCGUCCGCCAAGUUCGACCUCGCAGGCGCUCUGCGGAGUGCCCCCGGGGCAGUGCGCCCGCCGACUCCGAGCGGCGCAGCGCCAGGCAGGGCCGCGCCUUCUGCAGCCGCAGACGAGGGUCGUGGCAUGCUGCCUCGCGUCUUUCAGCGCUCGGCGGGCGCGGGGGUGGUUUUUGAAGGCGGGCGGCCCGCCGCCUCGGGGCGCCUUUCAGUCCCCCCCCGGAGUGAAGGGCUUCGCGCAGAAGAGCGCGACGACGCGGCCCCCAGAGGCGACGCAGCCUCGCAUCUGGUUGGCCUCGGCGACGGCUCCGGGGAGGACGGCGAGAGCUUCUUUUCCUCGAUUGGCUUGGCGUAUGUGUACCUCGUGCUUUCGCAAGUGUGUCGCGGGCUGCUUCUGGAAGUCCCGCUGUACACGUUUUCGCUGUAUUUCGCCCAGCUGCUUCACCUGCAGUCCCUCACCUUUUCUCUCUCGCCGAAGUGCCGGCAAGCGGCCGAGGCUGCGACUGCGUACUAUGGCCAGAACGCGAGAGUGGGCUUUGCCGCGGGCACGGGCGUCGAGCCCCAGCGCGCGGUCGCGGAAGCAACGUCGCAGGCCGCAGUCGCAGCCGCAGAGCGGACGACGGACGCGGCGUGGGGGGACGAGGCUGAAGAGGCGCAGACAGGCGGGAGAGCGGAAGGCGAGCCUGAGGACGGGGGCGGAGGCGAGAGCGAGCCUGAGGGCGGGGGCGGAGGCGAGAGCGAGCCUGAAGGCGGGGGCGGAGGCGAGAGCGAGCCUGAAGGCGGGGGCGGAGGCGAGAGCGAGCCUGAAGGGGAGGCUAGAGCUCUGCGCAGUCUGGGCGAGCCCGACGAACUAGCCCUCCUUGACGCGGCCGUGGAGCAGCAGCUGCUGGAGAUUCAGGAGGAGGCUGAGGCUCGCGCGGCCGAGGCAGGCCCAGACACGCCCCCCGCCGGAGAGGAGUUGCUCACGGGCACGCGAGACGAAGCUGGCGAAAGGCGAGAAGGGGACGCGCGGGAAGGGGACGACGAUGGCGACAGCCGCCAGGGAGGGCGGGGGCACGCGCCGGCGCUUCUGCAGGCGGGAUGGGGGGAGUCGCGAGCCGACGAGGCGGGCAGAAACGACGAUGACGAAGACGAGACCUCCUCCGUCGUUUCAUCCUUCCUGCAGACGCCGACAGAAGGGACGCGAAACGCACCCCGGAGCAGCCGGUCCCUCUGGGGUCGCGCGCCUUCCUCUCCGUCUACUUCGGGGGCGCCGUCCCGCGACACGUCGCCUCCUCCCCUGUCCUCUUCAGGCCGCGGCACGCACACCGACAGGCGGGCGGAGGGGGAUUUCCCGACCCUCGUGAACUCUAGGCGUCUCUCUCCUGAGGCCGACGUGGAUGGUGCGGCGCGCCGCGCGUCGCCUUCAGCGCGCCGCGAGCCACGCCAGGCUGCUUCCGCGCAGCCUCCCUACGCGCUCGAUUCGCCACGAGGGUCUCAUCCGACCUUCGAGCCCACGCAUUCGCAUAGGCCAGGGGACGCGCGGCAGGGGGAAAGGCGAGACGGGCGCGACGCGCAGCCUUUCGUUCUCGCCCGUGUCCUCUCGUUCGUGCGAGGGGCGGUCGAUGCCCUGCAGACGCGCCUAGAGCUGCGCCGCUGGCCCCCGCCAGCCAGAGCCGUCGACGGAGGCGAACGCGCCGCUGCGCAGCCGCGCGGUGGAGCCUCGAACGCGGCGCUCGUGUCGCCGAAUGCGCAGCGGUUUUCCGCAGUCCGAGCAGGGGAUGGGGGCCGUCGCGCGGCUGAGGCAAGCAGGCGGCACAACCGCGAGCGGCGAAUGCGAGAGCUGGCGUAUCGCGAGCGCGGAGGCUUAAGGGCCGUCGUCGCCACAGUCCGCAGGUGGAGUGAAGAAGCGCGGAUGAGGCAUUCUCGCCGGCGAGUUUCGUUCUUGCGCCGGAUCUGCGGGCCUGUGUAUCGCCGCUUCCUCUCUCUCUGUUGGUGGCUCGUUCCGGGCGGCAGGCUGCGGUUUCGCGAGCUGGUUCGCCAGCUGCAUCCGUACCGGCUCCUCUCUGUGUCGCCGUUGGUCUUCUUCCCGACUGCCUCACAGCGGCUCUUCUUCACGACGUUCUUCUUUUGGCUUCUCCGGUGUCUAUACGAGGACCAAGCGGAGGAGGCGACCGCCGACGAAGCCUGGGGCUUUCUUGUCAACGGAGGGAACCUCGUGGGCGUCGCCUCUUCGUUCGGCAGCUACCACGCCACGCGUCUGGCGAGUCUGAACCCGGGGUACUACAGCGCCUUCUCCGCCUUCCAGCGCAGCGACACCGCCGGAGGGGAAGGCGGCGCCAAAGCGCGCGGGGCGAGCCUGGCGCUCUCCGACCCCCUGGGCGGCCACGGGGCUGUCCCGCGGCCGCCCUUCUCGCUGGCUCGCCAGUGGACUGUCUGGUGGGCGGUUGUGCUGCUUGGGUUGUUGCUUGUCUCCUACGGCCUGCUUGCGCUCUUCAGCGCGCUUGACGUGCUACCCUGGCAGCUGCUGCACUCGCUGCUGGUGCUGCGCCACACGCGCGUCGCGACGUAUGCAGAACAAAAGAAGCUCGAGGCCGAGCGAAGACGCGAAAAGCGGCGGAAACAGCUGCAGGCAACGCAGGCGGCCGCCGCGAAUGCGACCGCCAGAGGCGAGGCUUGCGGGAAAGGGCCCCAGCGCGAGGAGGAGGAAGAGUCCCAGCGAGCGCGGCCUCGCAAAGCUGGGGCGGCGGGUGCGUCUGGGGAGGAAAAGGCCGGCUUGCGGCGAAGACUACCGUCGUCUCCCGCGGGACGCGCGGAGGUCGGAAUGAGUCUCCCAAGCGUCGUGCUGCCCCUCGAAGAGGAAGAAGAAGACGAAGAGGAGAUGUGCAUUUUCUGCUUCGAGGAGUUCAAGCCUCAGGACAUUCUCCGCGUUGUCAACUGCUGCGGACACAAGUUCCACCGCCACUGCGUGGAUGUCUGGCUUUUCAAACGCCAGAAAGAGACCUGCCCGAUGUGCGGACAGCUCCGUAGCCCGCGGCGCGCGAAGUGA